ACCGUACAGGCCUUGUCCUCGUCCUUGAUCAACACGAACAGCAGCACUUGACGGACGCUAGACGCACAUUUACACGGAAAAAUGGUUGCUUACUGGAGACAAGCAGGGCUGAGCUACAUCAGGUACUCUGCGAUCUGCGCUAGGGUAGUGCGUGCUGCACUGAAGCCGCAGAUCAAAGCUGAGGCGAUUAAAAACGCUGAGUCCAAUGUGAGGGUCACCAAAGUCAAGACCACAUAAUGAUGAGCUGUAAUUACAUCCUGCGAUCCCCACGUCUCCACACACAUUCUCUGUUGGAUUUACAAGACCAGCAGUUAUGGUGAAUGAAUGAAAAUAGCUGUUCUUUUGAUAAUAAAUUAUGAAGAGUCUCAAACUAAA